AUGGAUCCGAAUGGAAAAUCUGACGAGGAUGGUCUGAAGCCAGAUACGAUGAUUGACGGAGACGGAGAAGACGGUGAUGCGAUGGAUCCUUCAUCCGAUGACGACGAGGUGAGAGACGGGGAGGGUUCGAUGCUGAAGACGUUUCCGGCGCCCUUGCCUGUGCUUUCCAUGGCCACGCCUCUCUCGCGGUCCAUUCACGCGCUCGCCCUCCGGCGAGACCUUAUCAGCGACAUCUUCGUGUCUAACGGCCUCCUCAUCUCAUUCGUGCACGUAGAUAUUCUAGUCUCCGCUCGAAGGCUGUUCGACGAAAUGCUCUCCAGGGACAUCGUUUCCUGGAAUGCGAUGCUCUUUGGCUACUCGCAAGGCGACCACUACGAGAAUUGCUUGCAAUUGUAUCGGGAUAUGGAAGCAUGUCCUGACGGCUUCCUUCCUAACGCCGUCAUCGUGCUGAGCGUGUUGCAGGCUUGCUUUCAGCUCGUGAACCCAACAUUCGGCUUGGAAGUUCAUCGCUUUGUUGUGGAGAAUAAUGUCAAGAUGAACCGCACCGGCUGGAAUUCGAUCAUCUGUUUCUAUACUAAGUGCGGGUGCUUGGAUUUUGCCUACCAAGUGUUCGAUGAAAUGGGCGAUAGAGAUGGUGUCACAAGCAAAGGUAUGAUCUUGAGUGGAGGCCAGAAGCAAAGGAUCCAACUAUCCAUAGCCGUGUACAACAAUUCAGACGUCUGUUCUCUGGAUGAUCCUUUCAGCGCGGUCGAUGCACACACAGGGGCGCACCUCUUCAAGGAAUGUUUGAUGACACUGCUGUCCAGCAGGACUGUCUCGCAUCAAUUGGAGUUUUUAGCUGUGCGGCGAUUCUUCCUGCCUCCUGAAGAUAAAGCUGUUCUUGGAUUCUCGGAAUGGGUUGCUGCUGCUUUUAGAAAAGCAUCGAUUGGGAAUGCAGUAUCUCAUGUUGCAGAGGGAAGAGCAAAUGCACUACAUAAAGUGAACCUUUCAUCUUUACAAAGCCAGCUAGGUUCUUUAGCUGCGAAUUCUUCUUUGCAUUGGUGUUUCAACAACUUCAGCAAAGUCUGUAUAUAUGUGCAAACUACUGCUUGA